AUGCAGCGAGAGAUCGAUGACUUGAAAAGGAAAUUGCGCCAUGCACAGCAAAGGUGGUCCCUUACCAGUUUCGAUGUAUCCUCUAAUGAGGAGGAGGAUGUCAGUUACAGGCAGAGAUCAAGAACUCCCCCAAGCGAAACCUUCUCUUAUGAGACAGAGCAGUGUCAUGGACGGAGACAUAAGAGCCCAUCUGGUAAGGGCUUGGGUAAUGAUGCCAUGAAUAAAGCUUUAGAUCAGAUCUCUAAGUCACCCUUCAUACACAAGAUAGAAGGGGCUAGACUACCCCGAGGUUUCCACCAACCUCCGUUCACCAUUUAUAAUGGCCGAACGAAUCCUGUGGAGCAUGUGAGCCAGUUUAACCAAAGAAUGGUCACCCAUUCUCGAAACGAGGCUUUGAUGUGCAAAGUUUUUCCGUCCAGUCUAGGACCCUUGGCGAUGAGGUGGUUCAAAAGCUUGAAAACGAACUCCAUAGAUUCCUACAAGCAGCUCACCCAAGCCUUUGGCUCUUGUUUCAUUACGAACAGCAGGGUUCCUCGGCCUCUGAGUUCAUUAUUGUCAUUGUCCAUGCACGAAGGGGAAACUUUAAAAGCGUACUCGAACAGAAAUUGGGAAAUGUACAACGAGAUGGAUGGUAACUACGAUGACGUCGCCAUCAGUACGAUUAAAAGCGGUCUCCCCACCAAACAUUGUUUAAGGAAAUCCCUAACUGGUAAACCUAUUACCAGCGUUCGUCAACUUAUGGACCGGAUUGAAAAAUGCAAAAGGGUGGAAGAGGACUAA